GGGACCUGCGAGCGGUGACGGACCGCCGUGAGGACUGGGGAGAAGUCCCGCCUCUUCCUCUUGGCGGCCAUGGCCCUGCAGGGGGCGUUGCGACGGGUGGUGACGGGGCUGGGGUGUGGGCAGGUCGCGCGGUCCGUCAGUCGUUUUAGAAUGGGGAAUGAUCAGACUACCGUGGGAUUGUCUAAUGAUGCCGCUGUGAAUCAAAUACAGGAGAUUAUUUCAGACAACUGUGUGGUGAUUUUCUCCAAAACAACAUGCUCCUACUGCAUAAUGGCAAAAAAGCUUUUUGAGAGUAUAAAUGUGAAUUAUACAGCUGUGGAACUGGACAUGAAUACAAAUGGAAGUCAGAUCCAAGACAUUCUUGAGCAGAUGACUGGUGGCAGAACCGUCCCAAGAGUGUUUGUCAAUGGGUCUUUUGUUGGAGGUGCUACAGAUACUCAAAGGCUUCAUGAGGAAGGCAAACUGCUGCCUUUAAUUCAUCAAUGUCAGGUGAAAAGUAAAACCCAGUCAGCCACUUAGCUCAGCUUAGUCUUCCUUUGUAUAACAGAAUUUUAGGCAACUUACAAGAUCAUAGAUACAUGCUACAUCAGCUGGAAUCAACAGCUUCAAGCCAUGGAUUUCCAAAUCAUAGAUCGUUUUCUGACACAGAUGCUUUAGGGACUUGACAAAUUACAUGCCUCAGCUUUCCUACAACCAAAAUGGUGAUCAAAGCCACUGUGUAACUCUCGGGGCUCUACGUGUGACAAAAUGAUGUCAUUUUAUUGCUGUUAUAAUGCUGAUGCCAUGUUUCAGAGAAGCAUUAAUUGUACAAGAGGAAUCCUGUUUUUUUUCUGCUGCAGAUUAGUUUGCAUUCUAGCCUUGUUCCAAUGGUCAGUUUAAUGGUUCUUUUAAAGUAAAUUCUUCUCUGAAUGUCAAAUUGUAGUAAUGAUGAAAGUAUGAAGCAAAAUAAGUUUGUAGUGAUACUGUGUAUGCAUGUCUGCCUCUUCCAUAUCCAUAUGAUUCCAUAUCAGCAUCUGAUCAUCUAGCUAUGAAAUUGUAUGUCCAGUUGUGAGAGAAAAGGGAAUAAAGAUUCUUGCAGCGUUUGAAGGGUAGGUCAUGUCUUUCAUCUUUUUUCUGCACUAUGAAGUAUCAGUCUAUACAGUCAUUCAGAAAUAUGACAAAAUACAGCUUCUAGGGGAGCCAGACAGCUCACUGUCACUAAACUCUGCAACUACAACUUGCGUUAUAAUCAAUCCAAUGCUAUUAUGAAGCUUAAGACCAAGUAAAAUAAGUGUGAUAUGCGUAGAAUUUAUUUAGUUCUUGAAUUCUACAGUCAGAAUGCAGUUUACUAGCGAUGUGAACUUGCAGUUAAAUGCCUAAAGCAUCUAAAAUUCAACAGUUACAGUACAAUGCAAAUCCAAAGCCAGACCAAUGCCAAGACUCUUGGUUAUUUCAAGUUCAUAUGCAAGUAGAAAAUUAUAUCCCACUCUUCAGUAGAAGGGACCAUUACACUACUACAGGUGCACAGUUUAGAAUCAAAACAUUAGUCAGUGAAUUUUUACUCGCUUCUUGUAAGACUCCUGUUUUUACCAUUGCUUUCAGCACUAUGCACCUAAGCUACUUUUUUCCCCCCAAGGGAGAAAAAAGGUCACAUUUAUCUUCAACUCCAGAUAACUAGGACUGUAAAAGUAUCAUUUAAAUUUGACAGCUUCGUUUUUGUGAUGGGGGUUUGAAAGAAGUUUAAACCACGUAAUUUGUAUAGUCUUUAGUAUACAGUUGGCUGCACUGUGCAUCUUUUAACAUAUUAAUCGGCUAAUUAAACAUGUAAAUGUUGGUUUUA